GUCACAUCGCCUGUGUGCGCUUUAAGACCGUGGAGCGUUUGGUGUGACUGAGUUCCUUCUCUGGCAUCAUGAUCGACCCAUUUGUUGGAACGUGGUCUUUAGAUACCAGCGAAAACUUUGAUGAAUACCUGAAAGAAGUCGGUGUUAACGCUCUCAAGCGGGGGGUGGCCACUGCCUCCAGCCCUGAUGUGGUGAUCAGCAAGGCCGAUGAUGGGUUCAUUUCCAUGAAGGCUGGCAACAUUAUGACGCCGCACAAGAUCAAGUUCAAACUGAACGAGGAGUUUGAUGAGACCACAAUAGAUGGCCGCAAAGCAAGGUCCACCUUCACCAUAGAGAAUGGCAAACUUGUGCAGAAACAGUCCUGGGACGGUAAGACUACAACCCUGGUGAGAGAGAUUAAAGAGGGAAAACUUAGAGUGGAAUGUACCAUGGGCGACAUUACUUCGGUUAGGGUCUAUAAAAAAAAGUGAAAUAACCUCCGUCUGACAACAUUAAGACACAUGCAUUGAAUUUUUUGAAGAGCUGGUGUGAUGUGAUGCUACUUUCUGUUCAAUUUUAAUAAAAAUCAGUUCAACCAUGA